UAUAGAUUUGUAAUCUAUAUUUAUAUAAUUAUAAUAUAGAAUCUACUCUAUGAUAUCUAGAUCUAGAUCUAUUUAUAUAGAUCUAUUAUUAAGUAUUAGCUAGAUCUAAAUUUCUAUAAAUCAAGCUAGAGUCAAGAUUUUAAACAAUUGAAAAUGAAUGAAGAUUGGCUGUCAGCGACUGUAAAAAAUCACCCCAAGCUUGCAGUAACUCUUUGUUUUGGAACAGGAUUUUUGGCAGCACUGGUUUUGUUAAAACGAAGAAAUUUAAGAAGUCUUUCCAAUAGUGCCCUUGUGAACAAUCAAGGUGACACCAACAGAAUAUCAGGGGAAUACAAGUUGGUCUUGGUGGUAAGAAAUGAUUUGAACAUGGGUAAAGGAAAAAUUGGGGCUCAGUGUGCCCAUGCUGCUGUCUCUGCUGUUGAAAGAUGUAGCAGUGAAAACAUGCCUGUACUGAGACACUGGCAAAAGUAUGGACAGCCCAAAGUAGUCCUGAAAGUUCCAGAUGAAUCUGCUUUUUAUGACUUAACAAAAGCAGCAGAAGCUGAAGGUUUGAUCACUUGUAUCAUAAGUGAUGCUGGAAGAACACAAAUUGCACCAGGCUCAAAGACAGUUAUGGCCAUUGGCCCAGGACCAGUAUCAGUUAUUAACAAAGUUACAGGGCAUCUCAAAUUAUUAUGAUAAUAAUUCAGUAUAGAAUAUUGAUGUUUUUGUCAAUGUUUCUUUCAUGUAUUACAAAUAAUUAAAAUGAGUACUGCUA